AUGGACAAAGAAACAACGGGGCAAAGUUGUCGAAAAUGUGACGCAGCGGACAACGAGAGUAUGGUCCAGUGUGACACCUGCGACGCCUGGUACCACUUCAACUGCGUUGGAGUACAUAGCAAUGUGGCUGACGAAAGCUGGAGCUGUGAAAGCUGCCAGAAUCAUGCAUCAACCACGAACGCACAUCCAACCGCGUCGUCAUCGCCAACUACCAAGCAAGGUAACCGGCACGUGAAUUUUCUCCCAACGUUUCCAACAAUUGCGAAGAUAUCUAACUCAACAGUCAAUCCGCUUCUAAAACCUGCGACUAAUAUAGCAAAUUCUACAGUUACUACCGCUACUCCAGUAUCCACGAACUUUUCGACCUGGGCUUCUUCGAACUGGAAUUUCGAACCCAGUACAUCAGUUCAGGUAUCGCAACUGCCAAAUAAAUCAAGUGAGUAUAACCCAGGGCUACAACAAUUCACAACGGGCAGCAUCGCCACCUCUGCAAAUGAGAUCUCGUACAGUCAACCAAAAGUAUUCUCGUCGGUGCAGCAAGUAGGUAUACGAAAUGACCAAGGUAUGCAGAUGCCAUUCAACUCCGAAAUAUAUCGAAACCUUCAGCUUGAAAAGUUGGAAGAGCAGAUGAAAUUGCAACAACAAUAUUUGGACAACAAAUAUAAGAUUCUUUCGCAGUAUAACGACCUGCCCUCAUCCAGCACUUCGAUGGCCUCUUUUAGCAAUGGGCCUACAUCUGGGCAAUUAGCAGCAAGGCAGGCCAUACCUAAGCAGCUCCCAACCUUUAAUGGCGACCCUGAAGAAUGGCCGCUCUUUAUUAGCAGUUUCGAUAACAGCACUACGGUCGCGGGGUACACGGAUGCGGAGAAUUUAAUUAGAUUACAAGCGAGCCUUAAAGGCAAAGCACGGGAGAUGGAGUUGGUUGACAAGCUCCCCAACAACCAAAAGCUGAACUGGGCGGCUCACCCGAAAGAUGAAAAGACUCCGGUGGUGAAACAAUUCAGCGACUGGUUGUACAAUCUAGCCGAAGCAGCCAGUACUGUCGUCUCUUUAGCACCUGCUAAAAGUAGUGCUACGGUUAACACGCAUACUAUCGACGUGAACACUCAGCAUCCAUCACCAGCUCGCAACAUACCAAGGAGCAAGCAGUGUAUAAUUUGCAAGAGCAACGAUCAUAAGGUAAUGCAAUGCGACACUUUUAAAAAAUUUACACUUCAGCGAAAAUGGGAGGAAGUUAAGGCGAACAACCUCUGUCGCCAAUGUUUGAAUCCGCAUAGACGGAAAUGUUUUAUGAAUAAAGUAUGUGGUGUAGAUGGUUGCACUAUAAAACAUAAUCCGUUACUACAUAAAACAAUCACGGUAAUGAGCCAACAAAAACCCAUCGCCGUAAGUACAAAUACAAACGAAUUUUUAGAUGCGCAGAUAAAUACGCACAGUAGCAGCCACGAAGAAAUGCAGCCACUCUUCAGAAUCGUUCCGAUUCGCAUUUAUUCUAAAAAUAAAGUACUGAAUAUAUUUGCAUUUUUAGAUGAAGGCUCUUCUGUGACGCUAAUGGAAAAAAGAAUAUUUGAUGAAUUAGGCUUGAAAGGUGAACGAGACCCUCUGUGUUUGCGGUGGACAGGUAACACGACGCGUGUUGAAGAAAAUUCUGUGCGGGCGGCCAUCGAAAUUUCGAGUGUGACAAAUUGGCAGAAAUAUACUCUCAAGAACAUUCAUACUGUUGACGAUCUCAAUCUUCCGGCACAGUCAAGCAAUGCAUCUGCGAUGGAGCGGCUAUAUCCAUAUCUAGCGGGACUGCCAAUUGCAUCAUAUAACAACGUAAAACCAUCAUUGCUUAUCGGUGCGGACAACUGGAGGUUGGCAAUUCCACUCAAAAUUAGAGAGGGAACCUGGUUCCAGCCCAUAGCGUCAAAAACCCGUUUAGGAUGGUCGUUGCAGGGGUGCAAUUCAAGACAGACUGCCGAAUAUCGACUAAAUAUACAUACAUGCGAUUGUCAAAAAGGAUACGAUGAGCUGCACGAGACUGUAAAAGAAUUCUUCACGUUAGAGUCAUCCAAACCUACUCAGCUACUGUCGGAAGAAGAUGCCAAAGCUGUGAGUAUUGCGAAUAACACUUGUAAAAAGGGCGAUAACUUUUACGAAAUUGGGCUACCGUGGCUUACCUCAAGUGUAUUGCUACCCAACAGCAAUGUAUAUGCUUUACAACGGCUGAUGUGUUUGCAGAGGAAGUUUGUUAAGGAUCCUAUGCUAAAAUCUAAUAUUCAAAUUCAAAUCAAUAAUCUACUUUCCAAGGGGUACGCGAAAAAACUCUCCCCGAUUGAGGCUGCUAUUUCUAACGGUAAAACAUGGUAUUUGCCUAUUUUCAUUGUAAGCAAUCCAAAUAAGCCUGGAAAGCUUCGGAUGGUGUGGGAUGCUGCUGCAAAGGUGAACGGGGUGUCACUCAACGACUUCCUACUGAGUGGCCCAGACUUGCUUAACCCACUCGUUAGUAUUUUAUUAGCUUUUAGAGUAGGCAGAGUGGCUAUAUGCGGUGAUAUAGCGGAGAUGUUUCGCCGUAUCAAUAUACGGGACAGCGACAUGCAUGCUCAGCGAUUUUUGUGGUGCGAUGACGGUGAUGAUCCUCAGCAACCAAGUGUUUAUGUCAUGCGAGCGUUGACCUUCGGAUUGAAUUGCGCUCCGUUUAUUGCCCACUACAUACGUGCCAAAAACGCUGACCAUUUUGAAAAUGAACUUCCUCGAGUCUCUGCGUUGGAAUUGGCUCAACAAGUAAAAAAAAAUGCAUGGCGCCGCUGGCUUCAAUAUACGUGGCUGGUCUUCAAAUUCCAAAUUUGUCGUGGAGCAGCUCGAAGAAGAUCCUAUGUCAGUUCAAUCCGUCAAAGAAUGGGGUUCAACCACGAAAGUCCUCGAUUUGCGAGACUUCGUCGCGAUGUCAUUAACGAAUCGAUCAUACCAACUAAAAGAGAAGCACUCCAAGUUUUAAUGUCGAUCUUCGACCCUCUUGGAUUUGUUUGCUGCUACACCGUAGGGUUAAAGAUCUUGCUGCAAGAUGUAUGGCGAUCUGGUCUCGCCUGGGACGACCCGCUCCAAGACAAUCUUUUCGACAAAUGGAACCAGUGGAAGUCCAUUAUGCCAUUAAUAACAGCUGCCGAAAUACCUCGAUGUUAUUCACUAUUGCUGAAAGAUGCUGAAGAUGUUCAACUUCACACCUUUGUUGAUGCCGGGGAAAGCGCGUAUGCAGCCGUUUGCUACUUGCGUGUAUCAAAGGGAAACGACGUCACGGUUAGUCUAGUGGCUGGCAAAUCCAAAGUCGCACCGCUAAAGCCAUUAUCGAUACCCAGACUAGAGUCGCAGGCGGCGGUAAUUGGUGUGAAGCUGGCGAACAUGGUAAGCAAUACGCAACGUAUUAACAUAAUGUCGAAAUAUUGGUGGACAGACUCAAAGACGGUGCUAAGAUGGAUGCGAAUGGACCCUAAAAACUUCCACCAAUUCGUGAUGCAUAGAAUAGGCGAAAUUCUAGAGGCAUCAAACGUAAGCCAGUGGCGGUGGGUUCCCUCGAGAAAUAAUCCCGCUGAUUUAGCUACAAAAACAACUACACGUCAGUGCUACCAAUUGUGGUUUACCGGCCCAAAUUUUUUAAGGUCGAGCGCAGAAGUUUGGCCGCAGUGCGAAGAGUUAAGCUUAGAGGAGUGCGACGAUUCGGAAAUUAAACAUUAUGUUCUACAUAUGAAAAAGGAACACAUGAACAACCUGAUGCUGAACGUGGAGCACUUUUCCAGCUGGAAACGUUUGUAUCGAGCUGUGGCUACAUUUUUAUUUUACGUCGACCGAUUACGCUCAGUUGUGCUAGCAAGGCAACGGAAAACAUCCAUCGACUUUGACAUGAUUCAGAAAGCUCAAUGUCUUCUUAUAAGGUAUGCUCAGUCCAUUGAAUAUUGUGAAGAGAUCAGGUGCCUCAAACGCGGUAAGAAUAUUGACAACUCUAGCAAACUCUUUACUCUAAACGUUUACUUAGACACAGAUGGCAUAAUAAGAUGCAAAAGUCGAGUUGAACACUUAAACAACCAUGAAGAUAUUAUAGUGAUGCCUAAUUCUCAUCAUGUCACCUUUUUAAUAGUGCGUUGGGCUCACGAAAAUUUCCAUCACCUGAUGCAUGAGUCUGUAAUCAAUCAAAUUCGUGGUACAUACUUUAUAAAUCGACUGAGGGUGUUGUAUAAAAGAGUGCGCGCAGAGGGUCAAAAAUGUAAAAACCAUAGCUCCAUUCCUCAGCCGCCACAAAUGGCAGCGCUGCCGGCUGCAAGAAUUGCCGCUUUCGAGAGGCCCUUCACGUAUGUAGGUAUCGACUAUUUUGGCCCAUUGCUUGUCAUCGUGGGAAGAAGGCGAGAAAAGAGAUGGGGCGUUCUAUUUACAUGUCUAACGCUUCGCGCUAUACACAUCGAAGUUGCCCACAGCUUAAAUACCAGUUCCUGUAUCAUGGCGAUACGCAACUUUAUAUCACGACGCGGCUAUCCCAGGGAGAUAUUCUCGGACAACGGCACCAAUUUCAAGGCAUCUGAAAAAAUAAUUAGCGAGAGUCUGAAAAAUAUCGAUUUGAAUGGUAUCGCCUCAUCUUUCGACCGAGUAAAAUGGAGAUUUAAUCCACCAAGCGCCCCCCAUAUGGGUGGUGCAUGGGAAAGGCUUGUGAGAUCAGUGAAGACUGUGCUUUAUGAAAUACUACCUUCAACAAGUUUCAGCGAUGAAAGCUUGCGAAGUGCAUUGAAUGAAGUAGAAUUUAGCCCGCUUACAUUUGUUUCUUUGGAAAAUGGUGACGACGAGGCUCUUACUCCCAACCACUUGCUGAUUGGGUCAUCGGAUGGCUACAAGCCAAUAUGUAGCGACACCGUCAAUCUGCGUCAACGUUGGCAAUUGACCCAACAAUUCGCUGACCGCUUUUGGCAUCGAUGGGUGAAGGAAUAUAUACCGGUCAUCUCUAGACGUACCAAGUGGUUCACAAAACAACGCCCAGUACGUAUUGGCGAUGUCGUGGUAAUUGCAGACCAAGACCUGCCGAGGAACUGCUGGCCGAAAGGCAGAAUUGUAGAUGUGGUAAAAGCGAAGGAUGGCCAAGUUCGGAGCGCUAGGGUAGAAACCAACUCAGGCAUUCUUCAUCGACCGAUUGCAAAAGUAGCGGUGUUAGAUGUCGGUACCUAG